GACUGGAGCGGGCGGGGGCUGGCGGCGUCCCGGAGUGUCCCGGAGUGUCCUCAGGUGCCUCGAACUGCCCACCGGUGUCCCCUCCGAGCGGCUCCCGGGGCUAGUGUCUCCUCCGGCGGUGCUCCCGUGCGCCGGGGGCUCUUCUACGCGCGUGUCUGCCGGCCUCGUUCCGCUCCGCUGAGGCGGCGCCGCGGUGUUGGAAGCGCGUCCCGCGGGUCCGUGAGGCUGCGGCCGCUCUGAGGGUCCCGCGGGUCCGUGACGCUGCGGCCGCUCUGAGGGAGCCCGAGUAGGGAAGACCGAUUCCAGGAUGAAACGCGAAGCAUUUUUGCAAGUUGUGUCUAAAGAGUCAAUUGAAGACUUCCUGCAUUACACUCAGAGUCCUAAAAAUACAUGUGAUCAUUUUGACUUGAACGAGCUACUUCAAGAAUUGCCAAGGAAGCAGAAAGAAGUGCUAUGGCAAAGACUGACACAGCUAUUGACAGAGAGCUUGAUGGAGAACCCUGUGGAAACAUGGCACAGAACUGGAGAUGAUAAGAAUGAGGAUGACAUGGAAGUUGAGAUAGUUCCAGAAAUGAAACAGACUGUAGCAGUGAUCCAAGGAGUGGCAGCUGUCGUUAUUGCUUCCAUACCUGCAGUGGAUGAAAAUGUAAACUACAAAGCUCUUGUAGAAUGCGUUUUUAUCCUAAACGGUAUCCUUCCUGCAUUAUCUACAUCUGAAAAAAUCCUACAGGACGCUAUCCAACGUGUGUGUGAAAUGUGGUGGGAGAAGGGACUGGAGGGAAAGGAGCAGCUGGGGAAGACUCUGUUUGUCAUUCUGCUGACAAAAAGCCUGAAUAAAGCUGCUAUGGGUGCAGAUAUAGUUCGUGUAUGGAAUCUACAUCAGACAUUACUUUGUUUUGAUUAUGAUUCAGAUGAGAGUAAUGAAGUCAAAGCCUUGUUGCUUCAGUGUUUUAUGAGUGUAAAACACAUUAAGAAAGAAGAGGGAAGAAGACUCUUGAGUUUUUUGUUCACCUGGAAUGUAAACUUCAUUAAAAUGAUACAUGGAACUGUUAAAAACCAAUUACAGUUCUUUCCAAGAUCCUUGGUGGAAUGCAUUUCAGAAGUUUACUUCAGGGCCUGGAAGAAGGUGUCAGGAGAAUUCAUAGAGGUACUUGAAUAUAACUGCAUUCAGGAUUUCAUGCAUCAUGGAAUUCAUCUUCCCAGAAGUUCUUCUGUUCAUUGUAAAGUUAGAGAGAUGCUGAGUUAUUUUCAUAAACAAAGCAAAGUCCGUCAAGGAGUUGAAGAAAUGCUCUAUAGAUUGUAUCAGCCCAUCCUCUGGAGAGCACUAAAGGCCAGAAACUCAGAAGUUCGAGCAAAUGCAGCAUUUUUGUUUGUUGAUGCUUUUCCUGUUCGUGAUCCCAGUUUUACUGCUGAAGAGAUGGACAGUGAAAUUCAGAAACAGUUUGAAGAACUUUUUAGUCUCUUAGAAGAUCCUCAUCCAGUUGUCCGCUCUACAGGGAUACUUGGAGUUACUCAGAUCAUAUCCAAAUACUGGGAGAUGAUUCCUCCAACAAUUCUUGCUGAUCUUUUAAAAAAGAUAACUGGAGAUCUGGCAUGUGAUAUAACAUCUGCUGAUGUUCGAUGCUCUGUUUUUAAAUGCCUACCAAUAAUUUUGGACAACAAACUAAGUCACCCACUCCUGGAACAGCUCCUGCCUGCAACCAAACACAGUCUGCAUGAUAAUUCUGAGAAGGUGCGAGUGGCUUUUGUGGAAAUGCUGCUCAAAGUGAAGGCUACCAAGGCUGCCAAGUUUUGGAAUAUCUGUCCCAUGGAGCACCUCCUGUCUCGGCUGGAAGCGGACUCUCGGCCAGUGUCGCGGCGCAUUGUGAACCUCCUGCUGAACUCCUUCUUCCCCAGUGGCCAGUCUGAGGAUGUGUGGUGUGAGCGCUGUGUCACUCUGAUCCAGAUGAAUCCUGCAGCAGCCAGGAAGUUCUAUCAAUAUGCCUAUGAAUUCACUGCCCCCACCAAUAUAGCUAAAUUGAUGCUCACUAUUCGGCGCUGCUUGAAUGCCUGCAUCCAGAAAGCAAUGAAAGCCAGUCUUCAUGGCAGUGGGGAUGAUGAUGAUGAUGAUGAUGAAGAUGGAAGUGAAAAGGAGAACACCAGUGUGUUGGAUAAUGUGUUGUCAGUAAAUGAUGUGGCCAGCAUGGCAAGUUUGUUGGAGAUCACUGUAAUACUCUGGAGAAGCAUCCACAAAGCACUAGAUCAUAAUGAAGAUGCCAAAGAAUAUGCUAUCAGGAAGUUUGCUUCUGUACUUCCUGAAUAUUUUAAAGUAUUUCAGGAUGACCGGUGCAUGGCUCCACUGAUUAUUCUGGCAUCCUUUAUGCCCCCUGCUGCUAUUCCUACAUUCAGCUGUGGUGUGGUUUCCAGACUCAGAAAUAUUGACAGUGGAGCUGACCAAAACAAGUAUUCUAUCCUGAUCGACUGCCUGUGCCGCUGGGGUCAAGUCGGGCACAUUAUGGAAUUAGCCUGCGAUUGGCUCUCUGACUCACUCACCCCAACAAAGAAUACUAAAACAUCUGGGCGUCAAGUACGAAUCCAUGUAACACAUGAAUCAAAGCCAGACUUAGCAAUUGAUUACAUUGAGUAUUUAUUGACUCAUCCUGUCAAUUGUGGUUGCCUACUUUCUGUUCCUAAAAAUAAACUGAAGAAGCUUUUGAAAAUCCUCGGUGCUUCAAAGAAGUUUCUUGGCUCAGUUCUGGAAGGAACAGAUUCUGGUGGCUGGAAUCAAGCAACCAGCCUAAGAGCCUUCAGCCUCUUUUGCAGAUUGACUGUUCAUCUUCAGCAUAAGUUUUCUGAAGAAGGAGAAGAUCACCUUUCACUUCUGAAGAAGACAGGUGCUUGGAUAGAAAGUCAAGUUGUACCUUUUGUACUAGCAAAUGAUCAAGAGGAUGGUAUUUCAAAACACAGUGAUGUUUCUGAAUUUAUUAUCCAGGCUUACCUGACAGUGUGUAAAGAUGUCAUAAUGGUGGGCCUGGGAAAUGUCAUAUUUCAAGCACAUCUGUUAGAAAUGGCUCUUCAGAUUAUGCAAACAGAGAGAGGUGGCUUUUGUGCUCCAAUGUUGCUGUGUGCUCUAAAAGAAAUUGUUGAAGCUUCUUUAAAUCAAAAUACUGAGACAGAGGAAGUGACAAAUCUUUUCCACACUCUACAGAACGUCUUUCAGAAAAUUUUAGAAUGUGUGGCACAUACGCUUAAGAAAGAACAGGAAAAAGGAAUUCAGUUGAUUCACUCUAUUCAGAUGCCUCUUGGAGAAUUCAUCCAUGCACUGCAGUGCUGGCAUUCCACAUUCCCAGCAGUUCACCAGAGUGUUCUCUCCACUCUCCUGGCUGCAAUAGUAGCAGAGAUAAAUUGUGUGCUACAGAAGGCUUCCAGUGAAAAUGACUUAACUAUGCCAAAGACUAUUUCAGACCUUCCCCCUCUUUCAAGCAGUUUAAUGGUUGUAAUUAUGAAGUCAGCUAAUGUUGUCAGGUCAAUUUUAAAUGAAUUAAUGGAGUGCAUUCUCUCUGAAGAAAUUGAAGGGAUUUUUAGUCUAACAGCUACUGUCUGCAUUGUGAUUAUAAUUAAAGGUAAGCACAAAACUUCACUUCUAAAGGAUAUUGCACCUGCCAUUCAAAGGAAGCUGAUAAUGUGCAAGGAUGCUGCCACAGGAGAAUCCAGAGGCACUGAAAGAUUCCUGUGUGAAUCAUCUCUGAAAAUUUUGGAUGAGUUUUUGAAUCCUUGACCACGCAGAAGCUUUUGUCAUGAAAAUUGAGGGAAGGUGUAUUGCUUUGUAAAAAACUUACCUUGUAAACUUGUGAAUUGCUUAAAACUGUUUUCUGUUAUUCUGUACAUUUAAAGCAAGCAAAAUGUAUAAAAGUGUGUAUAGAAAUUAUAUAAUAGUAAAGAUUUUUCAACAGCUGCAAAGGGGUUGUUCUGUAUAAAAAUGUCUUCUUGGUGAGAGUGUAAAAUCAGUAUUUUUGUAUCUUUGUUUUUGUAAAACAAAUAAUAAUUGUAUCAUAGAUACUCUUGAGGCUGAGGUUGCAUGUAACCUCAGGUCCUUGGAGGACUAGAGCAAGUUCCUAGGGGUUAUGGAAAUGAAUCUUAUUUUGAGAUAUGUGAGGGACAAAAUGGUGAUUGGGAAUAGUCAUCAUGUCUUUACCAGGGGCAAACUCUGCCUAACCAGCCUGACUUCCCUCCCUUUUGUACAAGAACAGAGAGCACAGCAUGUCCCGUUUCCUAUCCUUGGCAAAGACUUCUACACAGUCUUACACAGUAUCCUUACAGCCAAACUGGAGAGAGAUGGGAUGGAUGGGUAGACUUGGAAGAUGAGUGGAAAACUGGCUGGAGCAUGGGAGUGGAGGAAUAAUCUGCUAAGGGGUGAGAUUGGCAGCUGUGGCACUGCUGAGGGCAGGCCCUGCUGCCAGGGCUGGUUGGUGACAGGGUGAGCAGCAGCCUUGGACUGAUGGCAGAUGACAGCAGCUGGGAGCCACAGCUGACACCAAGGGGCAUCUCCUGAUGUUCAGCAAAGACCUGGAGCUGAUGGACAAAUCCUGCAGCGCACACACAGACACCUGCACAAGGGCAGCUUCUUGCUGCCUGCUCCUGCCUGCAGGAGGGUAACAGAAACACUUUCCCCAGAGAUGACUGGAGGAGAAUGUGAUGCUACAGAAACAACUUGAGCAAGCGGAUUUCUUGUUGGAUGUGAAAAACAAUCAUUAUGAGAGGGAAAUGGAACUGGAAGAGGUUGCUCAGAAAGCCUGUGGAAUACCCAUCCUUGGGGAUGUGCAGAACUUGGCUGACAAGGGGGGAGGGCUCUGAUCUUCCAUGGUGUCAUAGCUUUGGAGUUAGCUCUGCUGAGCUGGGGAUUGGACCAGAUUCUCCCCUGAGCUUCCUCAUGACUUGAAUAUUCAGGUGAUUCAGUACCCAGUACAGUGGGGGAAAUGUCUUAACUAUUAAACAUAGGCUUGAAUAAUAUAUAAAUUGGUUUAUAUUUAACUAUUUUUGUAAAUUAUAGCUAUUUUGAUCAGUUAGUACUAAGGAUGCAGAUAAUGCAGGCAUCUAAGCCACUUAUUUUUCUUCUUGCAACCAGAUGCUCUCCCAAUGAUGCCUUGUGAAGGCUGACCUAGAAUAGAGGCUAGACAGUGUUAAAGGAAUAAAGUAGGUAUUUAUUAAAAGUGUACUACACCUUGGGUAGUACAAGAGCCCAGCCAGGGCUACACCCAAGAUUAACCCAAAAUGGUCAUAAAAUGCAUGACCGGUCACGGGGUCUCUCACUUUUAUAAGUUCUGGUCCAUUUGCACAUUGGAGUUAAUUGUCCAAUUAUAGCUUCAGCCUAUGAACUCCCAUCCUUCUUGUUUUUCUCUCUUCAGUCCACAUUGUUUAUCAGGCUCUUGGCCAAGAGAUUUGCAUCGGUUGUCCUUGGUCCCCAGCUGGAGAAGGAAUUGAUUUUGUCUCCCUAGACUGUGAAGAGAGCUUACUAUCCCUUAAUAUGAAACUAAAGCAGUACAGAAUCUGAAAAAUAGAAAAGCUAAAACCUGAGGCAUCACCACAACUAAAAGAAUGUUGAUUGCACGAUGUUAAUUUGCCUUAAUGGAGAUACCUGUAAAUUGCCUGUCUGAGCUCAUGGGGUGGUUCAAGCCCAGCCAGCAGCCAGGCACCACCCAGCUGCUCCCUCACUGCCUCCACCCCUUCAGACAUGGGGGCAGGACUGAAAGGACACAAGUCAAAAAGAAACAGUUGAACAAUUACGAUAAAAUAAUAGUACUUCUUCAAAUUGUGAGGAAAAGAGAUAAAAAGAAAUGGAAAUAAAACCAUCCAGCCAGUCCUUUGCACAACCUCCCACCCAGUUUAUUGCUGAGCAUGGUACCAGAUGGUGUGAGAAUCCCUUUGGUCACUUGGGGUCCCCUGUCCCAGCUGUGUCCCCUCCACACUCCUGGUGCACUCCCAGCCUCCUUAGGGGUGGGUGAGAAGCAGAGGGGCCAUGAUGCUGUGUAAGCCCUGCUCAGCAAUAGCUGAAACAUCCCUGUGUUACCAGCACUGUCCAACACGAAUCUGAAAUACAACCCUAUACCUGCUACUGUGAAAGAAUUUAUCUCAGCCAGAACCACCGCUCCUGAUGCUUUAGUUUUGUCUGGUUUAAGAGAUUUAAUAGGAAUUUCCAGAAAACAAUUCAGCCCAGACCAAAGUCGCACCCUCCAGCUUACACCUGGAGACCUGGAGACGAAGCUCUUGGUUAUGUACAGUUAAGUGAAGUGAUUCUCAGGGUGGGCCUGGGCAAAUGGCUAUUGAGUCUCCAGUGUUACUGAGGGGCACUGACACUGAAGUUAACCAAUCUGGCCAAAUUAAGACACGCUCUUCAUUCUUGAUUAAGAUUUGUGCAAAGCUGUGCCUCCCAUCUGUCUAAACAAGCAUCUACUCUGCUGGUUUUCUUUCCAUGGGAAGAGACUGUUAGGUUUUUUCAAUAUCUGCUGUCAGUGCAAACAUCUGACCCAUACUUGAACUUGGUACAUAAAACUUCCCUACUGGAUAAAAGCUGUUUUAGCUGGAAUGUUGAUAUUUAAAAGCAGUGCAGUUGUUAAUAAACAACUGGCAAGCUUUGCAACAGGAUAGUCAGUGUGUGCAUGGAUUCAUGAGUUCCAGAUGUACCUCAUCCACGACAGUGGCCUGACCAAAGGAACUAAUGCUGCCCCAGCAGGUAGCUGCAAAUCUGCCAACUGUUUAUCUAUCAACAUCUUUAUAAAAACUGUGUUCUUUGGCCUUCAUUCUUCUACAUCUGUUAACAGGCAGGUGUUCCGGUAAUGACCUUUUAAAUCUUCUGAUUAUACAAAUUACUCAAUGAAUAUGUAAAUAAGUUUCUUUUUUCUGCUUCUCAGUCUCUCAGUAUUUGCUCAUAUCAUUAGAUUAGAAAAGAAUUCAAAUUUACUGCCUUGUUUUUCCUCAGUGUAUAAUUUUGUUUUAUUCAUGGAAUUCAUGGUACAGAUGCAAUAGCCCUGUCAGCUAGGUAGGAAAUAAAGGUCAUUCCAUCAACAUCAGAAAUAUGUGGAUUUACUUUGAAGAAUUCAGAGGUGAUACUGCUAGGAAGGGUAAAAUAUUUAAAGAUACACCUUUGUUUUCCUGGUGGCUGGUACUCAAGUAGUUGUUAAGAGGGUUGAAAUAAUUUUCUGUUAGUCCUGCAGCUGGUGAACAUAUUUCAGCUCAAUCUCUAGUCCGGCUCUACUAAACUGCUCUGCCAUGAAGAAACAUUGGCUUUCUGCAACACAAAUAGUGGUGCUGGCAUUCCUUGAGUCAAGGUCUGUCAGGGCUUUCUCCUUAGGCCUUUGUGGCAAAUUUCACAAGAAUAUCAGAGGGGUUCUGAGUUUCACUUGCUGUUCUCGUUGCAAACUUUAAUCUUGCAAAAAUUUAAAUCUACAUUUUCCUUCUGUUUGGAAGAGAUAAAUGAAUAGGACAUUUCUUAAGCUGUUAUCUUUUGUAAACCUAUAAAACAGAUUUGUUUCAUCUUAUUAAUCAAAAGUGCUGUUGGGGAAGAGGUGGUGUUCUUUGGGUAUGUUUGAAAACUUCUCUUAAUCUUGAGACAGACCCUUUGAGAUCUGUUCAGCUUUUUGAAGAAGUUGAACCUGACUUUGAUUAAUAAAAUUUCUUGAAAAAUGAGCAAGAAAACACCAGUCUAUGACACUCCUUUGGGCAACUGGCACUGGCAGGUGAUGGUGAUGAAGAGCUGCCCACAGAAACAUUCUGGACACAUUUGUACCUAUGAGUGCCAUGUCUGGAGCUCUUCCUUUGUGCAUAUGCAUUCAGGAUCAAUGAGACUGAAGAAAGCAAUAAUUUUAAACUACUUUCAGUAAUCAACAUUGUUUGUAAGGACUUGGGCCCUUUUUCUAAUGACAAUGUUCAUUUGCUUUGUUUGGAUGGGAAGCAAAGCCCUGCAUCUGCCACCUUUCACAGCUUCAACCUGUGAUCUAGGAAAAACCAGGAUAAAUUCUCAAGCUUCUUCCUUAGCAAAUAAAUGUCUUCAGGUACAGAUCCAAGCGCACAAACCUUCAGAAUAGCCAAGGAAGUUAAAAAAAAUCCACCUUGCACCUGUUGUUUACUCCAUGAGAGCUGAAACUCACUUUGUAUUUAAACUCCCAUGUGCUGCUCUCAAGUUGUUCUGAGGUCUUUUGACUUUCAGAAGGAAAUUGGAUUAAUUUUGACAAAAUCUUUCACCUUACCUGAAGGAUGCUUAGUGAAGGACACUCCUGAUGACUGUGGCAUGAAACCAUGACACACAGCAGUGAACUUCCCAUAUUCUUUGCUGAUCUGCUCCAGUGUCUUGCAGACCAAGACCAUUGCAGAGUCCAGCUGUGCCUGUGCCAGCAGCCCCUGUUGUGGCCACUGCCCGUGUCUGAGAGAAGAGCUUGGCUUAGUGCUGGCACCUGGACAAGCAGCUGGCCAAGGGCAGCUUUCAGGAGCAGCUGCAGAAUUUUCCACAGGAGGCCAGCAGUUCUUCAGGUUCAUUAAACCCUUGCAAAUAGGCACAGACCUUGCCUAAUCUGCCCUGGAUAAGAAUUCUUGGUCCUGGGCUCUGUGUGGCUGCUUGUCUGAGCAUGACCUGAGGCACAGCCCCAGGCUUCCAGCAGUGCUGUAGCUUUGGCUUUCAUUUACUCAGCAGUUACUGGGGGGUUUUCACUUGGUUAGGGUGUUCAGCAUAGAUGUGUUCUGGGUCUUCUCUAAUUAGAGUCCUUUGUCUCUCCAGUUCCACAUCAUGGUUCUUGCAAAGUUGCAAAAAUGAUAUGCUGUGGCACUGAGGAAAUUUCAUUCUCUGUUGUAUGUGUCACCACUGUUUGAAAACAUUGUGGCAGUAGGAGUUCUGUUACUUUUAUUUUGUUACUGCUCAUGACUCUAGUAAGCAGAAGCUAUUACUAAUCUUUUUCUCUUGUGUCAUUCUUUUUAACCGGAGGACCACCUUUUUCUUAGCAAAAUAAACUUGGUUCUCAAACACAUGAUGUGACAACUGUUUAUUUCAUUGCUUAAGACGUCACUUUACUACAUUCUUCCUGUGUAAAAUUCUAGGAUUUUGUUUUAUACUCUGUCAGUUUGUCCCAGUUUCAAAUAUAUGUUCGAACUUCAUUAGUU